CCAACUAUAUUUGCACCAUGUUGAGGACAACAACCUUUCUGCCUUGUGUGGUGUGUUUGUUGUUAUUAUUUGGAACAAUUGGAAUUCAUUGUUUUCCAAGAGCGUCGGAGGGGAAUGAGGAAAGGGAAAACUUAGUGCAUUUUUUGCGCAGUCUCGACCUUGAGUUACCCAUAGAAAAUGAUGAUGUGAGAGACCCACAAAGCGAUACACAAAAGCGACAGAUCACCUCUGACCAAAAGAAAUAUCUUGAUGCUCAUAAUGCAGCGAGGUCAAAUGUCAACCCGACUGCAGCCAAUAUGAAGAAAAUGAAAUGGAGUGAUGACCUAGCAGCCGUUGCUCAGAAUUACGCAAAUAAAUGCAUAUGGGGACAUAACUCCGCCAGAACUACAGAAACCAAAGCUCUGACGUCAGAGUUCAGCUACGUUGGCGAAAACUUAUACGCGACAUCAAGCAGUACUGUUGACCCAACUUAUGCGGUAGAAAAUUGGGACAGCGAGAAAAAGGACUACACAUACAGCUCCAACACCUGCUCUGAUGUGUGUGGACAUUACACGCAGGUAGUUUGGGCUAAUUCCGAAUACCUGGGAUGUGCAAGUAAAACUUGCCCUUCCAUUUCUGGAUUACCAUCAAGCUACAACGGUGGAACAAUUGUCGUCUGCAACUACGGAAAUGGUGGCAAUUACCGAGGAGUUAGGCCGUAUGUAUCCGGGGCCUCGUGCAGUUCCUGUCCCGGAGGGUAUACCUGUUCAGGUAAUCUCUGUGUCAACGGAAGUGACACAUCCUCCGGCAGCGGAAGCGGUGGAUCUACAACCACUGACCCAGGAAACGAAAACAUUCCCGACAAGGACUGCUACACCGGCGACGGGUCGUCCUAUUCUGGCACCGUUAGUAAAACUGCCAGUGGGAAAACCUGCCUGACAUGGUCCAAUGUGUACCCCUUCCUUCCCAACAACAACCACUGCAGGAACUACUUUGCACAGUAUGGUAUUACUGAGCCAGUAUGUUACAUGCAAGCUGGAACCUAUUACGUGGAGUCAUGUGGAAUCCCAAAAUGCGUUUAAACAAAGAGCAAGACGCACGGAAAUGUCAUCGAAAAAUUCUGAUGAAAAAGCACAAAAGUUAAAUGAAAUCUUUAUACUUUUAUAACUACAUGCAUCUGAAAAAUAAAUGAUUGAAAUCAUGCAAAAUACAUCUGUAAUUAUUGGAAAUUUCUGAUAUACUUA